CAACCAACGACGACAACGACGUCGAUAAUCCACUCCCGACUUUUCCUGUCUUCAAGGUCGAACCCCACUAUCUCCAGCACCAACAAUGGCUGCGCAGUCAGACCCCGAGUUUCCUUGCUCACUAACGAUCGACGUCCCCCUCCCCACCGCCCGUCUCGCCUCCGCCGCCCUCCAAUCUCUGCGCGUCGACCAAGAACUCUCCCCUCUGGUGCGCCGCUCCUUCUCCACGAUCCCGUCCCCUAAUUCCCCCACCGCCUCAUCAUCAUCAUCAUCAUCCCCCGAAAACACGGUCCUGCGCACCGAGUACAAAGCGACCACGAACCGCAUGCUGCGCGUCGCCGUCAACGGGUUCAUGGAGAGUCUGAGUACCGUUUUAGGGGUCAUGGAGGAGCUGGAUGUUGAUGUUUUGGGUCGCGACCAGUAGACGAUUAUCUCAUUCAUUCGCUGGGAUUGGGAUGAAUGAAUGAUUAUUUACGGAUUUCCACUGGCAGCGCCUCGGGGGGCUUUGUUGGACCCGCCUAGUGCUCUCGAUGUACAUGAGUGAUGAAGAGAGCUGCGCG